AAUUAAAAUCCACAACUACUGUAACGAAAAAGAAACGAAGAGAUUUCCUCUCCUUCUCUGGCUCUCUCUGAUAAGGGUGGAAAAGCGAGCCCGUGGGGUGUCGCGGAGUCGGGGGUGGAGAAAACCCUAGAUCGUGAAGGUCGAGGUGACAAGAGGGAGGAUUGUUUCAGUGGUGGUGUUGGCGGUGGUUAAGGUGGUAGUGGUGGUGGUGAUUGUGCAUAUCAACAAGAGCCAUUUAAUUUGAAGGUCUGAAGAUGAGCAAAGGCAGCCGUAGCCCACCUAGAGAUCGCAGAAUCCGCACAGAACGUACCUCAUAUCGUGAUGCUCCAUAUAGGAGGGAUUUCCCUCGUGCUUCAAGGUAUGAUUUGUGCAAGAACUGCAAACGACCUGGGCAUUACGCAAGAGAAUGUCCAAAUGCAGCUGUCUGUAAUAGUUGUGGCCUCCCAGGACAUAUUGCAUCAGAAUGCACAACAAAGUCAUUGUGCUGGAAUUGCAAAGAACCUGGACAUUUGGCAAGCAAUUGUCCCAACGAGGGCAUCUGCCACACCUGCGGCAAGGCCGGCCACCUUGCUAGGGACUGUUCCAUGUCACAGCUGCCUCCUGGUGACCUGAGACUCUGUAACAAUUGCUACAAACAGGGGCAUCUCGCCGCAGACUGCACGAACGAGAAAGCAUGCAACAAUUGCAGGAAGACAGGGCACCUCGCUCGUGAUUGCACAAACGAGCCAGUCUGCAAUCUCUGCAAUGUCGCAGGGCAUGUAGCUAGGCAAUGCCCAAAGUCAGGAACGCUUGGUACCUUUGGAGGUGGCUUUGGCGCCGGUGGCUUUGGUGGUGGGUUUCGUGGUGGGUACCAAGAUGUCAUCUGUCGGAACUGCAAUCAGGUUGGGCAUAUGAGUCGGGACUGCAUGGGUGCUCUGAUGAUCUGCCAUAACUGUGGCGGAAGGGGGCAUAUGGCCUACGAGUGCCCAUCAAGUAGGUUCAUGGACCGUGGGUUCCGAAGGUACUGAAUGCCAUCUGCUUUUCCAUCUGCCAACCGAUCUUUUUAAUGCUAUAUUUUCAGUAUUGUAUUCUCUACAUAUUUGAUACUUAGUCCAUUUAAAGACCAUUUAAGAAACUUGAACUUCCAGGCCGUAGAGAGGGCUCGUAUUUCUUGUCUUUGGUGAUAAUUAUUGGAUGCACUGUAUCAGAUAUCUUUUUCAUAUUUGAUGUGCCGUUCGCAGACGUUUAGACCUA